AUGAAGCUCACCGGAAUCUUCGCCUCCCUCGCCGUCGCCAGCACCGCCGCUGCCGCUGCCGUCCCCCAGGCCCCGGCCAACUUCGACGUCACCCAGGUCCAGUCCACCGUCACUCGUCUGAACACCGUCCUCGACAACCUCGAUGGAGCCGUGAAGAGCGGUACCAUCAGCAAGGCUGAUCUUGGUGACAGCAACGACCAGCUCUCCGGUAUCCACGACCUGCUGAAUAGCCUCGUCGGCACCAUCGUCGGCGGCGUCGACUCUAGCGAGUUCCUCCAGGGCGCUCUUGAUCUCGUUGGAGGCCUUGUGACUGUCGUUAUCAACGCUGUCAGCUACACCGACCAGGUCCCAGACUUCGGCUUCCUGUCUGAGCACCUUGUCAGCCGGAUCCAGAAGGGCGAGGUUGAUCAGGAGGGUCUUCAGAGUAUCCUGACUGUCAUUGGUGGUAAAGAUGGUCUUGCCACCCUCAACAAAGUCCUCGAGCAGGGUAAAUAG